UUCACUUACUUCUAAUCUUUUUUUACCCCGAGAAAACGGCAGUCUUAUCCGGGCAUUAAAUGGGAAUGCAUGCGGCGAAUCCCACUGGAGGCCUAAAAAUAAAAUUAUUCUGACCAUCCAUAGAUUUGCUUAUUUAGGUACGUAUUGGGGCAGUCUAAAGGUCUUGUUGUAAUGGGAAAGACGAAAUUCAACAUUUGGCUCUUCUUGGUUAAACACCUAGCCAACUUUGCUCUUUCCAUACUAUACGAGGUUACCAUUAAGUAUUAUAGGUGCAUAUUUCAUCCUCAUCAUCUUCAUAAAAAUCUUGAUCAGUAUCACGGCCAUUCACUUUUAUCUUUUCUUCCCAUUGCUUUCAGAAUCGGCAAAUGGCGACCACUUCCAGCACAGCCGCGACAACAGCGGUCUCCCUCAUUCCACCCCCGAUCACAAUUGACGACUCACAUAAGGUCUACUCAAUUGCCAUUACUUGCAUUGUUCUAGGAAUCGUUGCCAGUCUCGUGGUAAUAAGCCGACUAGCACAACGUAUACAUGCACGAACUUUUGGGGCCGACGAUUAUGUUAUCAUCCCGGGUUUGCUAUUCUACAUUGGCUGGACAGCAAUGGCCGCUUACGUGAACCUGCACGCAGGAGUUGGCAAACCACUAUGGGAGAUUACUCUCGGAGAAUUCUCAGUGUGGUAUCAGGGAAUUGUCGGCUCUUCUUGGAUCUAUCCCGCCAUGACAGCUAGCAUCCGUACCUCCAUCCUCCUUCUCUACCGUCGCACCUUUGCUGCGCAGACACCCUACAUGAAAUUCGCCAUUUGGAUUCUCUUAAUUCUUCAGGGCAUCUACCUGGUAGUCUUCUCCAUCAUGCCAGGUUUUAUCUGCCACCCGAUCAAUAAAGCAUGGACUGCCGUGCUCAAGCGCCACGAGUACUGCAAUGACUGGUACUAUUACUACAUGAGUGUGGCUCUCUACAGCUGUAGCAUGGCUUUUGAUGGUAUAUUACUCUUCAUCCCAAUCUACCCAAUCAUGAAGUUGCACUUGCCGUUGCGGCAACGGCUGGGAAUUGUUGUUAUUUUUAUGUUGGGAGCUGGUGCCAGUGCAGUUGCAGGGUACAAACUAGCCAUUUUUGUCCUACAAAUGAAGCGCAUUGAUGAGAUCAACCCAAAAUGUAGGUUGUAAGGGCCCUUCGCCCGAAGAUAUAGUGAAUCAAAAUUAUACUUCACUAUAGCCAUGCAUCUGUAUUUGAGUAUUAACAGUCUCUAGGGCUGCAAUACGAAAUGAGCCGGAUCACACCUCCGCAAUUCGACCGUUACGGCGAAACGUUCUGGAUCCCUUCCCAGGUCGAACCGUGUGUAGCUUUGAUUGGAACUUCAAUACCUGCACUGCGUCAUUUGUUCGUGGAGCGGGCACAACAGUUGACUGCCUAUUACGCCCAGCGUAGUAAGCAAGUGUCUUCUUCAGCGCGAUCGGUGAGUUUUCGGGGCCGGCAAAGUUCGAAGGGCCUGCUGAAGGGGUCCGGGGAUGAGGAGGUGUUUCUGCAGAGUGACUAUGUUGAAUUGCAGGAUAAUGGACGAAAGUAGAUUCCUAGUGCAUGCUCUAAACAAGUGAUAAUCUGACUUAUAUGUAUGAAUAUUCUGUCCAUGAUAAUUGAAUCUUAUAUUGAGUAUUUCAAGG